AUGGAGGGCAUGAAUCUCUUGGAGGCUUCUAACGCAACUGGUUUUAACAAUAUUGAUUCUGUUACUCAAGCACAUUCUGCUGAGGAAACUCUAUUUGAUGAAACGUCGCCUGAACAAAAAUCAGUAGAGAAGAUGAUUGCUGAAUACUGUUGCGAGAUUUGCAGAAAAACCUUCUCUUCGGAACAUGAAGUCUCCAUGCACAAAGGAAUACACAAACACGAUAAGGGGAAAAAAUCUCACCUGUGUCAAAUUUGUGGAAAAUCUUUUAUUAAAAAUUGGAGUCUCGUUGUCCAUGUACGUCAUCACACUGGAGAAUAUCCUUAUCACUGUGAAAUUUGUGGAAAGUCUUUUGUGAGUAUGAGUAAUUUAACAACGCAUAAGAAAGUCCACAUUGGAGAAAGGUCAUAUCACUGUGAAACAUGCGGGGAAUCUUUUCUCUAUAAGAGUUUCUUGAUGAGACACAGGCGAAAACACACUGGGGAAAAACCGUAUCACUGUGAAUUGUGUGAAAAGUCUUUUGUCUCGAGCAAUAAUUUAACAACACACAAAAGGAUACAUAGUGGGGAAAAGCCCUAUCACUGUGAAAUCUGUGGGAAAACUUUUAUCUCCAGCAAUAAUUUAACCAAACACAAAAAAGUACACACUGGGGAAAAUUCGUUUCACUGUGAAAUAUGUGACAAAUCUUUCAUUGAAAAGUCUAAGCUUGCAAUCCAUAAACGUAGACAUACAGGAGAACAGUCCUAUCACUGCGAUACGUGUGGGAAGUCUUUUGUUGCCGGCUGUUACUUAAAAGCGCAUAAGAGGAUACAUUCUGGAGUGAAACCGUAUCGGUGCGAAAUCUGUGAAAAGUGUUUUAUCGAUAAUAGUAAGUUAACAAGGCACAAAAGGGUCCACAGUGGGGAAAACCCAUUUCACUGCGAGAUAUGCGGGAAAUCAUUCGUUGAUAAUUCUAAACUUGCCAUCCAUGUGCGUAGACAACACACAGGAGAGAAACCAUAUCGUUGUGAAGUAUGUGAUAAAUGUUUUGUUACCAGUAAUAAUUUGAUAACUCAUAGAAGAAUUCACACGGGGGAAAAGCUGCUUCGUUGUGAAGUAUGCGGGCAAUCUUUUAUUACGAAAUGGAAUUUUGUCAUUCACAAGCGUAAACACACGGGGGAGAAACCAUAUCAGUGUGACAUUUGUGGAAAGUCUUUCGUCACUAACAAUAAUUUAUCGACUCACAGAAGAAUUCACACGGGGGAAAAAUUGUCCGAGUGUGAAGUGUGCGGCAAAUGUUUUGUGACGAAUUCGAGUCUUGUGGUUCAUAUGCGCAGUCACACCGGGGAAAAACCUUAUCCCUGUCAAAUAUGCGGAAAAGCUUUCGUUAAUAACUCGAAUCUUAUUAUCCACCUGCGAAGACAUACUGGGGAAAAACCUUUCCACUGCGAGAUAUGUAAAAAAUCUUUCAUUAGUAGUUCGGAUCUUGUUAUUCACAUGCGUACACACACUGGAGAAAAACCAUUUUGUUGCGAGAUGUGUAAGAAAUCAUUUAUUUCAAGCAGUCUCAUGAAAAAACACCAACGAAAACACGCAAGUGAGAAGCCAUUUAACUGUGAAAUAUGA